UUAGAUUUUUAGACACAGAGGGUUUCAUUUUCAUUGGAAGCAGCGAUUGAUUAGCACCAGCAGAGACCAGAGACCAGAGACACAGAGAAAGAGAGAAAAGAUGCCGUGCCUCAACAUCUCGACGAACGUGAGCCUCGACGGCGUUGACACCUCCUCCAUCCUUUCCGAAGCCACCUCCACCGUCGCCAAGCUCAUCGGCAAACCUGAAGCCUAUGUGAUGAUUGUGUUGAAGGGAUCAAUACCCAUAUCAUUUGGUGGGACUGAGGAGCCAGCGGCCUAUGGUGAGUUGGUGUCCAUUGGCGGUCUUAACCCUGAUACAAACAAGAAGCUGAGUGGUGCAAUUGCCACAAUUCUUGAGAGCAAGUUGUCUGUGUCCAAGUCGAGAUUCUUCCUCAAAUUCUAUGACACCAAGGCAAGCUAUCUCAACUUCCUAAGUUGUCAUGAAGAAGGGUUGUUGCUGUGCACUUCUUUCUUCUCAUUGCAUUUUUCCUUUUUGUUUAGGCACAUCAAACUCAAGAAUAUGCACAGUGUUUGCAUGCUUUACACCAGAACUAGAUCAUGGUUCCAACUUUGGAUGGAAUGGGUCGACCUUCUAAAUUCUGUGGGAAUUCUGGCAUGCUGUCGUGAUUCCUAAUAGACUUGAUGCUAUAUAUAUAUAUAUAUGGCUAUCUUAUAUCCAUCCUGUUAUUUUUGGUAUCAGAAGUUUAUUUGGUAUCAAAAGUACUUAUGUAAUGCUGGGAAGGACAUAUGAUUUCCUCUCUAUGUGCUAUUAGUGUUAGGAAAUGUGGAACAUUUGUGGAUCUUAUAUGCUGCCUUAAUAAAACUUUUUUUUUUUUUUUUUUGCA